AUUGGGGAGGUUUUUGGGGCACAGACAACAGUUCCUUUAGUCCACAGAUCCACACCAGACACAGCAACACAGUACAGUUCUCUGGAAGGCAAUAUGGAAGAACAGGGGUAUUGUAAUCCACAGGGCAGGGAUGGGUUACAUCCAGGCAGGUUCACGGAGAACACAGGGGUUAAGUCCAGGUAGGUUCACGGAGGACGAGGGGUUAAGUCCAGGUAGGUGAUAGAUCCAGGCAGGUUCACGGGGACAGCAGAAGAUCCCUCCACAGUGCAGGGAUUCGAGGCAGCACAGACAGUCCAGGAGCUGAGG